UUCAACAGCGAGCACAGCGUCAGCAUCCACCGUGCAGGGAGACAACAACACCCAGCUGACAGAGAGAGGGAUAAACUGGCUCUUCACGUCGGACUCGUCCAUGCUGUCUGCUGCUCUGUGGUCCGCGACGAGCCUCGCAGCAGGCCGGAUGGGAAGGUCUGAGUCCUGAAAUGCAGCGGGGGACUUUAUCCACGCAGCGAGCUAGUUAGUUAGCCGUGCUGUGAUUUAAUGCUAGAAGGUUAGCGUUAGCUGGAUGGAGAAUAAUGGUGGAGCCUUAAAAGUUCCCGUAGUAGUGUUAUCAGUGCAAAAACAUGUGGGAUAGUUUAGUCGUCGUCCUCACAGCUCCCUCCAUACUUUGACCUGAGCUGAGCUGAGUGAUGACAACUCUGAACAUGGCGAGUGUUUCAAACAGAGACUACAAAACUGGCGCUUUUAAGUCAUUGGACUUGCACAUUUCCCAGCUAGUAUACCCGAGAUAAACAUUUUAAAAUCGAUAAUUAAUGUAAUGGCCAAGGAGAGUGACAGAUGUUAUCUUUAUGUCUCACUGAGACUGUGUGUCAGUGCUUGCUAAAGCCAUCCUCUUAAAAGUUCAUGAAUACUCGCCUCUGUUGAAGCUCAGUAUAUUCACAUUGCUAGACAUGGACUUGUCCUGGAUGUAAAGACUGUCUGGAAACCUCCAACGUCACCUCUGUUUUCAGGUCGGACAGGUCAUCUGAGCCCUGCUGCCGGGGCCAACAUGUCAAUGUCAGGGUCCACGACCGUGCAGCUGUUCACCAAGCUUGUAAAGCAUGCGGUGGGCAAAGCGCAGAUCCACCUCAACCGCUGGCUGCAGAGGACUGCCACAGAAGAGUGUGACAAAAUUGACAUCCUGAUAUGCAGCGCCUUCGAUGAGAGAGGUGUUGUCAUUGGGAAGUCAGACGGAGAGCCCGAGGUUACCAGCGACACAGGAGGGACAACCUUUAGCAGCAGUGGAGAGUUUAGGCACCCUUGCUGUAUCACCACCUUUUGCUUCAAGAGCGCCCUGCUGGCAUGCAUCCUGACUGCGGUGUGCUUCUCCUCGGUUGCCCUGGUUCGGCAAUACCUCAAGGAUCUCCUGCUAUGGGUGGAGAGCUUGGACAGCUUCGUUGGGGCCUUGCUGUUCAUAGUGGGUUUGAUUACUGUGUCAUUCCCAUGUGGAUGGGGAUAUAUUGUACUUAAUGUGGCAGCUGGCUACCUCUAUGGCUUUGUGCUGGGCAUGGGACUCGUCAUGGUGGGGGUUUUAAUAGGGACCUUCGUGGCACACCUGGUGUGUAAACGGCUAUUGACUGACUGGGUGCUGAACAAAGUUGGGAACAGCGAACAGCUCAGUGCUGUUAUACGAGUGGUGGAAGGAGGGAGCGGACUCAAAGUUGUGGCCUUAGCAAGACUCACCCCCAUACCUUUUGGGCUCCAAAAUGCAGUUUUCUCGAUCACAGACGUGUCCUUGCCAAACUACCUGGUGGCCUCCUCUGUGGGUCUGUUGCCCACCCAGCUGCUGAACUCCUACCUGGGCACCACGCUUCGCACCAUGGAGGACGUCAUCGCUGAGCAGAGUGUCAGUGGCUACUUUGUCUUCAGCCUGCAGAUCGUCAUCAGCAUUGGCCUGAUGUUCUACGUCGUGCACCGGGCUCAGGUGGAGCUCAACGCUGCCAUCGCCGCCUGCCAGAUGGAGCUGAAGUCAUCGCACAUGAACGGCUCCUCCACCAAUCACAGCGGCUUCACCUACUGCAGCAAGAGGGCGACAGUUGGCGGCGGGAACUGCAUUAACGUGGUGUGACGACAGCUCCUGUGGCCGGGGUCACCCGAUCGUAUGACUGCGUAGCUUAAGGGAAGCGGUUCAGUUUAGAAGGCGUCCGCUUUUUCAACAUCAUAUUCUGAUCACCCAUAUAAGGAAAAACCAUGACGGCUAACGUCAGACAGGUUAUGCUCUGUCGUUUUUUGUCGGUACGAUGUUUAAGAUGUGUGGGACCACGCACCGUUAGAAUUAAUGGUGCUGAAAGAAAUCAUUGAGCGGUACAUCAUCUUGGGAGUUUUGGGGUUGUUUUUUCUUAGUUUUGAUUUCAAUUAAGGUACUUCUUAACUCUGUUACAGGAGAUGUCAAUGAAAUGAUGAUGUUAGAGAUAUCAGAUAAUGAGUGAAUGAGAGAGUAAGUCAUUAAAAUAUUUGCUAGGCACAAACUGCCUGCUAACCCGAUGAAUGUGCAACCUGGAGCUUUCUAGAGAACCAAGGAAUUGUUUUUUCCAUUUCAGUGUCAAACAAAUGCCAACCUAUGCACCUUUCUUUCAUACUACAUCUGUUUUACGUUUAAUUUCAGGCUGUUUUCACAUUUGUUUGUCUUCAUUCAGUGCUAAUUCACUAUAUAAAUGAUAAGGGCAUUAUUGAUAUUUUUGAGAGUUUUGGCUCUUCAGUCCAGUUCAUUUUUAAGUGUCUUAUUUUUGGACUAUAGAGAGGAGGGAAAAGCUCUCACCGGAGCACUACCGGCCUCUCUGACUGUGUGAUUUCUGCCGACUGCGACCACGUCAGCUGAAUAGGCCUUGUCUGCCCGGAGAUCGUUUUAGCGCUUCUGCAGUUUUGAUAAGAACAGCUGGAGGGAGAGAGCAGAUUUCACAGCAGGAAACUCAGGAAUGUUCUGCCAGGAAAGUUGAAGUGCAGCACGAUUAGCUCCACGGUAGCACAGCCACAUUCUGCUAACAGAGAUAACCCCACACUGAACUGAAACCAAGAUGUCGAGCUUUGCUUAACAUUUAUAAUUCACUUAGAUUUUACGUUAGACUCUGUUCUACAUGUUUUAUUUGAAAUUAUCCUUUUGGAUUAUAUGAUUUAGCUCUUGCUUCAGUAAUAGUUUUGACGAUUCUGUGCAAUACAUUGAAGAACCGUGAGAAAUUAGCAUGAAUGUCAUAUUUCACUGCUGAAACCAAACUAAUCUAAUGCUCAUGCAUACAAAAUAACACAACACCUAAGUCUGUUAUAUUUAAUUUAUAGAAGCAUAAGCUAGAUGAGCUGUAGAGGCUGUUAUUUCUUAUGUGCCAUAAUUUGAUCAAGUUUAUUAGACACCAUGACACUGAGCUGAGUGUACAUGUGACUUACUUUAUUUUAUUACCUAAUGAUGUUGGUAAUGAUAGAAAUGACCUGUGAGUGAUUUUUGUGUUAUAGCUCUUAACAUUGAAGCUCUCGUGCUGUUGUUUUUUUUUUUUGCACAGUCCACUACGACAGACAGACAUUAUUUUCAUACAGAAAGCAGGAAGGGGUUUGGUUGGUCAAAAGUUGGAGCUGAUGUGUCUCAGAAGCCGACAAUCAAACACAACACGGACACUAAGUGAUGAAUGUGACAAUACUUUUUAUUUUUUAUUACAUGAAUUAUUGUGAUGCUGCUCCUCAGACACAGUCUGAUAGAGGAAUAAUAAGGGCUCCUAUAUGAAAUAUUCACCUUUAUCUCAAAAGCCUGUUUUGUACCUUUUCUUUUUUUUCAUUUUCAUUUUUGUACUAAUUGUUUUUUUCCCCCCAAACUCAGAUUAAAUAUUCACCCUAGCACAUUCCACGCUGUCAGUCAUCUAAAAAGCAGUAGAUUUAUUUUCAUACUUAAUGUUUUCAUCCUGGUUGAAAAGGCCCCUUCCUGUCUGAAUUUAGCAAUAAUGUUAGAAAAUCAAAAGCAAAAAAUAAAUAAAAAUGAUAGAAAUCCUAUCAAUAAGAUCUUUAACCUAAGUUAAAGAUGUAUUUGUAUGUUUUUUUUCAAAAGUGGACAAAAAAAAGCAUCCGAGUUAUUAAUUAAUCCAUAUUCCACUGAAAGGUUGAGUAUCAACAUUCCCAGGUUUGUGUUUGACAGUGUUCAACCUGCCUUUUACCUCCUGCUGCCUCUGACGGACAUUUCUGUGCUGCCUGUGAUGUGGAGGAGAUAUGACAAGACGCACCAACAUCUGUGAUCAGUACAGCUUGUUCUGCUUUUGUAGCACCUUCUCUUCUACAGAGUCCUAAACCUAUUGAUUGCUUAUAGAUGUUUUAGCGAUCAAACUAUCACUCCUGUCAUGUGAAAAUCUUCAAAAUCAGACUAAAACACACUAAGAGAGUAGUAUGUUUUACGAAAUCUGCUCACUACUGUCACUUAUUCACUUUUUUUUCUCAGCUCCUGAUGAGAAAAUGGUAAACACAAGACUUUCACCUGACAGCAGAGACGUUCUUUAGAACAUUUUUCCCAAACAAAAUGUGAUUUGUGUAGCUGUUCUGCUCAUAAGUGG